CUCUACUGGUGACACAUAGCGGUUUUGUCGAUAAAAAUAAGUUGAGAUGGCCGCUUGUUUUUGCUGUUUUCGAUGCUUUCCAUGGCGAGCUGGGUUUGGAAGCGGACACGUCCCACUAAAAGAAAUACCAUCGGUUGUUCUUGAUACCUCACACAUGGGUAAUGAUGUUGUGAUUGUGAAAUCAGGAAGACGGAUCUGUGGGACAGGAGGAGCUUUGGGCAAUGCACCGUUAGUCCAAGACAAAGCAUACUUUGAAAUCAAGCUGCAAUCAACAGGCAUUUGGGGUGUUGGUCUUGCCACUAGGAAGAGUAAUCUAAGUCGUGUUCCGCUGGGAGAGUGUGCUGAAUCUUGGGUAAUGAGAUCAGAUGGUACGGUGUGUCAUGCAGGAGAGCCUCUUCAUAAACCUACCAUAGAAGUCGCAGAGGGGGAUCUCAUUGGUGUGACAUACGACCACAUGGAAUUGAACUUCUUUAAGAAUGGUGAGAAUCUUCAAAUACCGGUCAGUGGCAUCAAAGGAACGUUAUAUCCUGCAGUCUAUGUGGAUGAAGGAGCCAUCUUAGAUGUCCAAUUCAGUGAGUUUUACCACCCACCACCCAGUGGAUAUGACAAGAUAAUGUUUGAGCAAUCCUUGUUAUGACCUUCCUACACCUACUCCAAUCCAUGGACUGCAUGGGUCAUCGUCAUUCCAUCAGCAAAGUGGUGGGUUUCAUGAAACAGUUGUUUACACUGACAACUGUCAUAAGCCACUGGAAUCCUUGCAUUUUAUUGGUCAAGGUCAAAUUUAUCAGUUAGUUUCACCGCCUUUCUAUGACCACAAGGGAAGGGUUUCAUGAAGUUUUUGUUUACAUUGACAGUUGCUACUGAAUUAAUGGCAUGUGAUUGGCCAAGAGAAAAUUUGUCAGUCAGCUAUUUAACUGCAAUUUAUCACCAGAAGGGGAGGGUUUCAUAAAGCAUUAUUUACACUGACAACUAUUGUAAGCUAGGUAUGUCACCACUAGUCUCGGGAAAUACAAACAGGUAUUAAAUAAGUCUGUAGAGUUGUUUGAUGGUUAUAAACUAGGUAAAACCAAUUACCAUCUUUAUUACUCUUUGAAGAAAUAAUAGAUUAUACCUGGUGAAUUUGAUCACAACAAACAAACAAAUCUCGAUAAUUCACAAUAGUUCCAUACAACCGUAAGGUUCACCUUUAAACAAGAUUUGGUUUAAAAAAGAGUACAAUGAUUCAAACAUUUGGAAUUCGUUGCAAUUAAUUUGCAUAGAAAAGAAUAUAUAUAAUACAAUUGUUUUGAAGUAUGAAUGCAUUUUCUUGAUAAACUAACAGCAGUAUUAAAGAGUCACAUUCGCGAUGAAUACAUACAGGUAGCAGUCUGUGGAUGAUUUAAUAUCAUUUUUUUUCUGCCGUUGGCAUGACGUCGAUCUUGUCAGCUUAUCGUGGGCUAUAUAAUACGACGUCUUCAAGUGAUGGUCGAAUUCCUCAAUCGCAGUGCCGAGGAAGAUUUCCUCCAGUCAUUUAUCCUGCAGACAAAACUGGUUCCACAAAUGGCGGCCUGGUAUCACAGGCUUACCAAGGUGUGAGACUGUGGAAAUGGGAAUUACUGUUUCUAUUAGUUCUUCUUUUACAUAAUAUUCUAUAUUCUAUUUAUCUCUCAGUUAAGGAAAUAUAAAAUAAGAAAAAAAAAAAUACUUAUAGAAUUGUUUUUUUUUCUCUCCAAAAAAAAAUCAACGACACAAAUCACAAUAAAUGUUGUAUACAUACUUUAUACCCAAUCAAGGGAUACAUAGAAAACUGAAUAUUUCAUGUCUUGUUUUCUUUUUGUGACAGUAGUAAUUAUUAUUUUUCAUACGACGCAUUUACAAUUCAGUAGUAAAACUUAUUCGUCACCUUUGGACAAAAAUAACUAUAGUGAUAACUUGUCGAAAAUCCUGACAUGUAUAUAGAACAAAUGAGCAUUUAAGUUAAAUUUCAGGGUACAAUAUUUAAAUGCUUCCAACCUUUCAACAGCAAUUGCAUGUAAUUAAUAUAGGUUGAAUGAUAAGCCAGUUCAACUUACGUUUAUCUCGUCAAAACAAAAGUGUAGUAGAAACCCCGCAGAACAGCGUUGGCGUGGUCCUUGUAGGGACUUGGUUCUGACGGCUAAUAAACUGGAAAACAUUGCAUUCUGACAAGAAAUCUCCAUAGCCUUUUCACCUCACUUCCCACUACACCACGCCCUGGUCUCACUUGCCCUGCACACACACGUAUACGGCCUUUCCUGUACACGGCUUUUAGCAUUCUGCCAACGUGGCGCGAAAAACUCUCAACCCUAACGUAGCGACAGCGAAUCAUUAUACGCAUGGACGCAUCGCAUUCCGAUACUAGUGUCCUAAUUAAACCCACGUAUUGGCGAACUUUGACAAUUUACCCCUCCCUUAAGACAAUUUUUCAAGGGAAAAAUUUCCUGAAUUAUAUAGUUUUUAAGAAGUAAAACAGUGAAAUAGGACAUAGCAAAAAAAAAUAAACCUAAACGCCUUAGUGUCUGAUAUUGAGACUCUGCAUCCUACACCCUACUCAGAUAGUCUGCGCCAACAUUUUCUUGCCCCUUGAUGGCUUCGACUCUGAACUUGUACUGUUGGAGAGCCAACGCCCAACGAAGGAUUCGCCCAUUAGCUACUUUAGAUUUCUGAAUUGCCAACAAGGGCUGGUGGUCGACUUCGAGUAUGAAUUCUCUACCAAAGAGAAAGGUCUCGAAUUUAAGCACAGCCCAAACAACCGCAAGACAUUCUUUCUCGAUUGUCGAAUAGGCUUGUUCCCGAACUAGUAACUUCUUACUAGCAUAUGCUAUCGGGAACUUCUCUCCGUCAAAUUCUUGUAGGAGAACUGCCCCGACUCCUUUGUUUGAUGCAUCGGUCCUCAAGAUGAACUGUCUGUUCACAUCAGGCAAGUGAAGAAUGGGUUCUUUGGUCAACAUCACCUUCAGACUGGUGAACGCGUUCUCAUGUACCUCGUCCCAGUCAAGCAUGUUUGGUUUCCCCUUCUUCAACAGGUCAGUUAGAGGGACAGCAGUUGAAGCGAAGUGGGGAACAAACUUCCUGUAGUAGCCGGCUAAUCCCAAAAACGACCGUAGCUCUUUCUUCGUAGUUGGCCUUGGAGCCGUCUGAAUGUCUUCUACUUUGUUGUGGAGUGGUCUGAGAUACCCUCUACUCAGCUGGUGUCCUAAGAAGUCGACUUUUGCAAAUCCAACAAAACACUUCUUUGGUUUUGCCUUGAGGUUCGACUCCCUCAGUCUUACCAUCAGAGAUCGCAGAGCUUCUAUGUGUUGAUCCCAGGUAGGUGUGUGCACGAGGAUGUCGUCAAUGAAAUUGUCGACAAAUUCAAGACCCCUGAGGACUGUUCUCAUCAAGCGACUGAAGCUGGCGGGUGCAUUCAUCAACCCGAAUGGCAUGGACGUAAACUGAUAAAGUCCAUCGGGGGUUACAAAGGCAGUUAUUGGCUUUGCCUGCUCCGUUAGCGGCACUUGCCAAUACCCCUUUGUAAGAUCGACCUUGGUAAAGAAGUUGUCAUUUGCGAGUUUGGCGAAUAUUUCCUCUUGGUCCGGUAUCGGCUCUGCAUCUGGGACAGUGAUGGCGUUUAUUUUCCUAAAAUCGCAACAAAACCUAACACUACCAUCCUUUUUGCUUAUCAAGACGAUUGGAGAAGCGUAAGGAGAGCAGGAUGGUUCAAUCACUCCGAGAGCCAACAUCUCCCUUAUCUCAUCUUUGACGGUUUGCCUUUUAGCAUGAGGCAAUGGAUAAGGUCGGCUUUUCACUGGCACGUCAUGGAUGAGCUGGAUGUCAUGAUGUCCAGCUGUACUAAGACUUGGGACAUCAGUGAGUAUGUCAUCAAAUUCUCGAAGAAGGGAGGACACUUGUCUGUGCUGCACAUCAGAAAGUUCCUUAGAUACUUGAACAUCUGAGUAUGUUUGCGUUCUGUGCAAACUGGGAAGGGGUAGUAGAGGGCUAGGCGAUGAUAUAAUCUUGCCAGUACCUUUACCAUGGUUGUUCCCACCAACCUCUGAGUCAUCCUCGUCCUCAAUAACUGAGGUCGCAACCAAGUCCACCACAGCCGCAUUCGUCUGCUCUGGUUCCUCAGCUUCACGUCGUAGAUACUGCUUGAGGAGGUUGGCAUGGAGGGUUGCCACUCUCUUACCCAAAUCAACUCUGUAAUCAAAAGGUCCGUGGGUCUGGACAAUGCGGAAUGGACCCUUCCAGUGCAUGAGAAGUUUGUUAUGGUCAGUCGGAAGAAGAACCAAUACCUCAUCACCUACUUUAAAUGAGCGUUUCUUUGCUUUUCUAUUGUAGCUCUUCCUGUAUUUCUCAUGCGAUUUGUGUAGUUCUCGUUGAGCAAUCUCGCAGGUCUUUUCCAUCUUCUCCUUUAGAUCCAAAACGAAUUGGUAGGUGCUCUUGGUUUCAGGAUGAUCAAAGUCCUUUGUCCAUAACUCACGUAGUAUCAACAGUGGUCCCCUGACCACCCGUCCGUAUAAGAGCUCAAAAGGUGCGAAGCCGGUGCUAGAUUGGGGUGUCUCCCGGUAUGCAAACAGCAAAGAAUCAAUGUACCGGUCCCAGUCUUUGGGGCGUUCUUCGCACAUCUUCACUAGCAUCCUCUUCAGUGUACCAUUGAACUUCUCCACGAGACCAUUACAUUGAGGAUGGUAGGGGGUAGUCAUGAUAUGCCUUAAAGACAGUAGACGAGACACCUCCUUCAUGACACCGGAGGUGAACUGUGAACCCCUGUCCGUGAGCAUUUCUUUCGGAAAGCCCACUCGUGAAAAUAUACUCAACAGUGCCUCCGCUACACUGGAUGUAUCAAUAUUCCUAAGGGGCACUGCCUCCGGAUACCGCGUCGCAUAAUCUACGAGGGUGAGGAUAUAUCGAUUUCCUUUCGACGAGAUUGGAGCAAUCGGGCCAACUAUGUCUACUGCGACGCGAUGAAACGGCUCAUCGAUUAGCGGUGUUGAGCCGAGGGGCACCUUUGUCACCUUCCCUUUGGGAAAAGAACGCUGGCAAGAAUCACAUGACCUGCAGAACAACUUUACAUCAUGGUGCAUCCCCGGCCAGAAGAAAUUUGCUAAGAUCCGGUCACCCGUCUUGCUCGCUCCUAAGUGUCCACCCAUGACUGACUCAUGGGCCAGCUUUAGAACCUGCUUCCUUAAUGGCUGCGGAACUAUUAACUGAGUAUUGACGUCGGCUGCUGCCCUUGAGUCUUGAAAUUCACGGUAGAGCACACCAUUCAACAUCUUGAACGAAGACUUAUUCCCAUUACGGCUUACCUUGACCUCUUCAGCCGCAACCCGUUGUCUAAUCUUAUCCAGUGUCUUGUCAGCUUCCUGUGCUUUCCUAAAUCCAUCUGGAGUUACCUCGGUCAACUGUCCAGGUACUUUCAAUCCUUUUAUAGGUUUCCAUCUCUCUCUGGCUUGUUGUCUGGUCUCUGCUGCCAAUGCAUAAGAUAUGGUCCCUUGCUCUGGUGGUUUCCAAUCUAAGUCAGGAUCGCUAGCAUUUCUGACUCCAUCUAAGUUGCCUAAAAUCAAAGGGUAAAUUGGAUUACUAACACACAGAACUUCCAAUUCCCCAGUAAAGUAGGGGGUAUCUACAUGUAUACGCGCCAGUGGGAAUCUCCUAACCGUCCUAUCAAUCAAUAGGCACAGUCGCUGUUUCCCCGUCAUUUGACCAGGUUUUACUAACUUCUCUUUUACCAGGGCAGCUGUGCUUCCACUAUCUCGGAGGGUUUCCACUAAAACUCCAUUAACAAGACCUCGGACAACUGGCAUUGAACGCACAGACUUUGCCUCACAUGCCACACUCACUACCGGUAAAUCUUGCUCCUGAGACCGGUUUGCCCUGCCUGCUUCAAGGCACGGGAUACAUGAAUCAAUUAACAGACAUGCUGCCUCACCUAUAUCAAGAGUGAAGUUACUCUCCUCAGUGUGGUGAUCCCCUCUCUCUACCUCUGUCCUAGUCUGCAUCUCGGCCGUCCCAUACGACGACAUCAGGGGCUGUGGUCCCAGACCAGCGUAGCCGCGUCCCGAUGACCCUUGUGGUUCUGCCAACUCUACCAUGCCCGCAGCAAGCCUUCCCUGUCUCUUCUCAUUGCAGUUCCGAGCGAAAUGUCCUUUGCUACCACAGACGUAACAUCCCUCUCGCCUUGGUCGGUUGGUCUGUUUGUCCUGGGACGGCGGCUGCUUCCUCGCCUCUGGUGUACCUGUUAUCUUAGAACGAAAGUCAGGACGUGAGUUCUCAGUUCGAGGUUUGUGACUUACAUUGGUCAAACGCCACCCACCCCGAGCUUCUAUAAAGCGAUCCGCUAUCUCUGAAAGCUCAUCCAAGCUACGAGGUUUGCGCUCUCUUAUGAACAUCGCCAUUUCUCUUGAACAACUAUCAUAAAACUGUUCUAUGAGAACUAAUUCCUUCAUAUUAUCUAAAUUUUCCUGAUAUCCACCUAGUAUUAACCAUUUCUUGAGAUAAACUCUCAUUCGAUAAACAAAUUGGCUCGCACUUUCUCCGGAGUCCGGCCUUGCUGAUCGCAAUUUUUUCCUAUACUCUUCACUAGUAAUGUCAUAUCUCUUCAAGAGCGCCCUCUUUAGGGUAUCGUAAUCUAACGCUUCAGUAUCGCUCAGUCUACUAUACGUGUCUAAUGCCUUGCCUGUCAAAAGCGCGCUCAGAUUAGUAGCCCAUGACGCCUGUGGCCAGGAUUGCGCCGAUGCGUAUCGCUCAAAUCUGCUAAGAUACGUAUCGAGAUUAUCCCUAUCCUCGCUGAAUGUAGGCAAUUUUGGUGCUCGUACAUGCACUCUACUUUCAUUCAGUGUUUCCUCGCUUCUCUCACCUCUCGAACGCUCUAGCUCCAUUUGCAACCUAACCAACUCUUGUUCUUCCUUCACUCUCUCACGAUCGAGCAUGCGCUCUUCUCGUGCCCGAUUUUGCUCUCCUUCUAUAAAAGAUCGUAACUCCGUACCUCUCAGGCCAAGAGAUUCCCCGAUGCUAGCGAGUUUUUCGACUUCCAUUUUGAAAUCUAAACUAGCCUAAUAAUUAAGAUUUACACUUACCGCCGUUCUUGAACCAAGCCGCCACUCGAACCAAGUUUUCGCCAGCUCUGCACUCUCUACCGAUCCACUACUUACAUGUCCUAUACCAAGAAAAUUUCAAAACAUUGUUUUAUUAUACCACAUACCAAACGUUCAUGUAUAUCAAAGCAAACGUCUUAUACUAAUGAAUAUCUAACAAGUUGUAUCACCAAAAAUAAAAUCACUACCAGUGGUUGACAUAUAAUUUGAAAAAAUAGAGGUCCCUUCGUGGUCGCCAAAUUGUCACCACUAGUCUCGGGAAAUACAAACAGGUAUUAAAUAAGUCUGUAGAGUUGUUUGAUGGUUAUAAACUAGGUAAAACCAAUUACCAUCUUUAUUACUCUUUGAAGAAAUAAUAGAUUAUACCUGGUGAAUUUGAUCACAACAAACAAACAAAUCUCGAUAAUUCACAAUAGUUCCAUACAACCGUAAGGUUCACCUUUAAACAAGAUUUGGUUUAAAAAAGAGUACAAUGAUUCAAACAUUUGGAAUUCGUUGCAAUUAAUUUGCAUAGAAAAGAAUAUAUAUAAUACAAUUGUUUUGAAGUAUGAAUGCAUUUUCUUGAUAAACUAACAGCAGUAUUAAAGAGUCACAUUCGCGAUGAAUACAUACAGGUAGCAGUCUGUGGAUGAUUUAAUAUCAUUUUUUUUCUGCCGUUGGCAUGACGUCGAUCUUGUCAGCUUAUCGUGGGCUAUAUAAUACGACGUCUUCAAGUGAUGGUCGAAUUCCUCAAUCGCAGUGCCGAGGAAGAUUUCCUCCAGUCAUUUAUCCUGCAGACAAAACUGGUUCCACAAAUGGCGGCCUGGUAUCACAGGCUUACCAAGGUGUGAGACUGUGGAAAUGGGAAUUACUGUUUCUAUUAGUUCUUCUUUUACAUAAUAUUCUAUAUUCUAUUUAUCUCUCAGUUAAGGAAAUAUAAAAUAAGAAAAAAAAAAAUACUUAUAGAAUUGUUUUUUUUUCUCUCCAAAAAAAAAUCAACGACACAAAUCACAAUAAAUGUUGUAUACAUACUUUAUACCCAAUCAAGGGAUACAUAGAAAACUGAAUAUUUCAUGUCUUGUUUUCUUUUUGUGACAGUAGUAAUUAUUAUUUUUCAUACGACGCAUUUACAAUUCAGUAGUAAAACUUAUUCGUCACCUUUGGACAAAAAUAACUAUAGUGAUAACUUGUCGAAAAUCCUGACAUGUAUAUAGAACAAAUGAGCAUUUAAGUUAAAUUUCAGGGUACAAUAUUUAAAUGCUUCCAACCUUUCAACAGCAAUUGCAUGUAAUUAAUAUAGGUUGAAUGAUAAGCCAGUUCAACUUACGUUUAUCUCGUCAAAACAAAAGUGUAGUAGAAACCCCGCAGAACAGCGUUGGCGUGGUCCUUGUAGGGACUUGGUUCUGACGGCUAAUAAACUGGAAAACAUUGCAUUCUGACAAGAAAUCUCCAUAGCCUUUUCACCUCACUUCCCACUACACCACGCCCUGGUCUCACUUGCCCUGCACACACACGUAUACGGCCUUUCCUGUACACGGCUUUUAGCAUUCUGCCAACGUGGCGCGAAAAACUCUCAACCCUAACGUAGCGACAGCGAAUCAUUAUACGCAUGGACGCAUCGCAUUCCGAUACUAGUGUCCUAAUUAAACCCACGUAUUGGCGAACUUUGACAAGGUACAAAAUCCCUGCUUGUGAUUGGCCCAGAGCAAAUUUAUCAGUUAGCUUAAUUGUCAUUUAUCACCAGUAGGGGAGGGUUUCAUAAAAAGUGUUUUUUACACUGACAGCUAUUGUAAGUUAGGUACAAAAUCCUUGCUUGUGAUUGGCCAAGAGCAAAUUUGUCAGUAAGUUUACUGCCUUUCUGUCCACUAGGGGAGGGUUUCAUGAAGUAUUUGUUUACAUCAACGACUGUUAUAAGCUAUUUAAAUCCUUGCAUGUGAUUGGCCAAUAGCAAAUUUUUCAGUUUCAUUGAUAAUUUAUCACUACUAGGGGAUGGUUUCAUAAAGGUGUUUUUUCACACUGAUGAAUGUUAUAAGCUACUGAUAUCCUUGGUUACAAUUUUGCCAAGAACAAAUUUAUCAGUGAUUUUCACCAGCACUCCUUCAAAACCAGGUCAGGGUUUCACAAGUCAGUGAUUUACACUCAAUGAAAACUUUUUAAAAAAUACUGACAUCCUUGCUUGUGAAUUGCCAAGAGCAAAUUUGUUUAUAUGUAACUCACUGACAAGAUACCUUGUGAAAUUUUCCCCUAUUUUCCAUCUCGGAAACCUUUUAAGGAAGUGUAUAAUAUGGCACAGAAAAAUUGAGGGGCCUGCUCCAGAAAGUACUUACGAUUCGGUGGAUUCACAAUACGAUGCGCCUUCUUUGGUUGCAGCGGACAGGCCGAAAUUUGCAAUGGAGCGCUGUGGCCCAGUGGAUUAGUCUUGUGACUUUGAAACAGAGGGUCGUGGGUUCGAAUCCCAGCCAUGGCGUAAUUUCCUUCAGCAAGAAAUUCAUCCACAUUGUGCUGCACUCAACCCAGGUGAGGUGAAUGCAGGCAUGACAAUUCUCCGCGUUUCCGCGGAUUUCCGCGUUUUUUUGUUUGCUGAAUUUCCCCCCCCCCCCCAAAAAAAAAAAAAAAAAAAAAAAAAAAAAAACAUUUUUUUUUAAACCAGGGAAGUGCUAUUGCUAUUUUUUAGUAUUUUUUUAGUUUUUUUAAUUGAAUUUUGGACAAAAAAUCAAUAUAAAUACUUCAUUACAAUCAUUCAACUCAAACAGGUUUUUGGAGUUGUAAAAUUGAUAAAACCCAGGAGCUUAAGGGGGCGUUGCCCCCUGGACCCCACCCGUUAGCAGCGAGCGGCUCGCCCGGUGGGCUUCGCCCACCGUCUUGUCAACGACAUUUCCAAAACCCUUUCAGCUUUUUUUUUCAUACCCAAUUUUCAUGCCUGUGAAUGGGUACCUGGCAGGAAUUUAUUCCUUGAAAUGCCACCGCGCUGUAAAAGGCUGCGGGGCUAAAGCCGGGGUAAUAAUAUUCAAGUCCUUUGGAAGCGCAUAGGGACGUUAUGACAUAAUGUGAUAUGCGCUAUACAAGAACUGCGUUAUUAUUAUUAUUAUUAAUGCAUUACGAGGAAAAAAGUCGACGUCUGUACGGUCUGUUGCGCGUGCUAGUACUAAAGUGAAUGCAUACAUGCAGUUAUUCAGUGCUUGCCAAAAUGGCUCGACCGGAUAUGCUGUUUACUAGGGUCCAGGAGGUAGGAGGGAAACUUACCUGCAUAUUUCUUUGCAAAAUUUAGACCAUUUUUAGUGAAUUCUUGCCAUAUGGUUUCCAUUUUUUGAAGCCCUAGCACUGUGCGCUGCCUGCGCCUGUGCGCAAUGUCGACCCCAAAGUUACAAAUUUGGCCUGUUCGCUGCAACCGAUAGGUGGUGCACCAUAUUGUGAAUCUACCAAAUUAUGGUAAGUUAACCAUUAUGACAAUUACCCCGGGGCUCAGCAUCCAAUCAAAAUCAAUGUAUCAUUGUCAGUUUCCAUAAUGGCAUAAUUUACCAUAAUUGUAUUGGUCUUUAUGAAACAGGCCCCAGAACUGCAUUUGGCAUGCACAUAGUUCAUUGCAUGGCAUUUCAAAACUUUGUGCUUUUGAUUUUUAAUAUAACAAAACUGUAUUAUGUUGCAUUGCAGCUUUGAUUUGACAAAAUAAAGUAUGCCAAUUUUCGCCUUGAGAAUUUUUACCUUUGGGACACAUCAUUUUUUACCCAUCAAACAUUUUAGCUUUCAAUUUUUGUAACUUAAAAAAAAGAAUGAAAUUGAUUUAAAUUCAAAGAAUGUUUGAAGGUGUGGUUUUAAUUUAUAAAGAAAAUUGCUUCUCAAUUUGAAAAAAAAAAUGAAAAUGAUGAAAAUCCAUAUUUUAUUGUUCGAAAGAGACAUGAAAUGAAAUACUCAGAAAGUUUGCUUUGCCCAAUUGAUCAUGGGCCUGGCGGCUGCUGUGCAGCGCCAGAUCAACGAGGCUCUAAUCCCUUUAAUCAUUGAACGCCAAACAGGGUAGCAGCAACUCCCAUCUUUUAAUGUCUUUUGGUCUGACGCGGCCGGGGUUUGAAUCCCUGACCUCCUGGUUGUGAGACGGACGCUCAACCAACUGAGCCAACACCUGUUUCGAUCUGAGUACUUUUGGCAAAAAUAUGUCAACUACAUUAGAGAUUAGCAUUAUGCACAUAUUGACAUACAGUAUGUUGUCUAGGACCAAAGAAACCACCUUAUCAAAGCCCACAGUGGGUUGCCAGACUACUUUUUAUGUAUUGAGCCAAAUUGGGUAUUUGGACCUCUAAAUAAAAUUCAAAAUUCUGAAAAUUUGCUUAUUUGAAAGAGAUAGAACAAUUAUUCUACUACCUCCUUGAAAUUAAAUUGAGGUCAUGAAAUUCAUCAGACAGUAUGUAUACGAUAUAAAACAAUUUCAAUAACAUUACUUGUUUCGGAUAGCUGAUAUUAGAAAAAGAAGUUAACUGUGCAAAAGUAUGACACAUUUGAUUUAAUGAGUUUAGUUGAUCAUUUAUUACAAAUUACCGGUAUGUAAAAUAUUUCAAAAACUUAAGAUCUUGUUUUCAAACUUAUAGCUGCACUUAUUUUAGUUUUGGCCUACUAAUUUUGGGUAUUCAUCUAGAUUGUUACUUUAUUCUUUAGCAAUUUUGAAGGGAAUAUAGAGACAAGCCAACUCUGUCCAUAUAGAAGACUCAAACUAUAUUUGAUGGUCGGAUAGGAAGUGACCUACAUGUAUUGCCCAUGUCCUCCAUCAUAGUCAUCUAUUGUGUUUGAUAAUUUUUCGGCAAAGCAGCUACUUGUACUUGUAAAUAAAUUUGGUCAGUGUUUAGGCAUGGUCAUAAUGAUGCAUAAUGACAAAAAAUGUGCAAUAUAUAGAGAGUUAUUAAAGGCAAUUAUUAAAAAUGCCAGCUACAUUUACCUUGUCGAGGUGACAAAUGUACACUUUAUCGAACUGUUGGUGCUUAUUUGUGUGUAUACUACAUGUACAUGUACGAGAAAUUCAAUAAGUAUUGAGAUAGAGAGUAGUAAUGGUAUGCCUAGCAUAAAAAUAUGUUCUUUAUGAUAUUAUCAUCUCUUUUACAAUCAUUCUUUCUUUAGCAAUCACAAUUUUAUGUUCAAGAUCAUUUCACAAAUAUUGCCAGUGUUAACAAUUUCAUGAAUUUUUGUGCUUCAAAAUGGUUGAAAUGUCACAAACUGUAUAUUGAGAUAAGCGUGAAUUGCAAAAUUGCAGGCUAUAUUAUUGGUAUGCAAGUUCCAUAGAUUGAGCAUCUAUGCAUUUCAGAAAACUGUUAUUAUUUUAAUUGUAAUCCUUUCAUAGUGACUGAAAUCUUUAUCAAUUCAGACCAAAUAUAAGUUAUUAUAUUAUUUGUACAUGUAUGCAUUUGUUAUUACUGAAACUGAUUAUCUUGUACAUAUUGUUCAAUAGAAAUGUACAUACAUGUUGUACUUUUGAUUUUAAAAAAUUGAACAAAAAGAAUGAAUACAUUUGGUUUGGCGAGUAUUGAAAGUUGACUUUGUUUUAUUUAAAAAAUAUGAGUAAAAAGUACUAUUGAGUGUUUCAUGUUAUAAUAGACAGCUUGUGUGAAGUUGAUGGAGUACAUUGUCCACUUUAUGAAUAUAUAUUGUUUAGUUUUAUAGAUUAAAGAAAUUAAGAAGGUAGAAUUUACCAUUUUAAUUUCUUUUUAGAAAUAAAUGGCAAGAAUGUAUUCUUAAUUCCUUUCAUAGAAUUCAAAGGAACAAAUCCAUUUAAAAUGAACCCAUUCAACAGAGUAUGAAUAAGCAAUUUCAGAUU